GGACUAUGUAUAAUAGAUGAGGUGUCCUCAGAAAGCUUGAAACAAAGCACUCCUUCCUAGCUGAAAACGAAAACAAGAAAAAGAUACCCGAAAAAUUACAGUGUCCUACAAUAUCCUUAACUUUGGAAUUGGAUCAAAAUAAAAAGAAGCACGAAGACUAACAUAGCUCCAAAAUAAAGACCACAUCCACAUUGUUACAAACAAGAUGUCCCCUUCCCUCGAUUUCGUCCAACUGCGAUCGCAGUUGGAUUCGCUGCAAGAGGAUGAUCUCAUGUUCGAAUUCAUUUGCGAGCAGACCUUCGAAAACUACGCAAGAAAACCUGGAGGGGCGGGGAACUUCGGAGGUAAGUAAAUGAUGCCCUUUCUAUGGACUAAAGUAUCUAGAUGAUGCCAAUUCUAUGGACUACCUGGAGGUCUUCGACUCUUUCUGUAGGAGGACAAAUAAUUGAUUCAUUUUAGGUCUAGUUAGUAGUGCAACAACACUAAACCUCCUGUAAAUUAUACGGUCGAUCUCUCUUAUUCUGACUACCAGCUUCCGCCGCACCGCAGUUUCUCACCUUGCCUCAAAUUGCUCCUCUGUUAGAGAACCUCCUUAGAGCUCAAGGCGUAGAACCGAACUAUCGAGAGGUCCAUUGUGCGUGGCAACGUGUUUGCGACCGCGAUGGUCAUUGCAUGCGCUUCCCCGCUUUCGUGCAUUUCGUCCGGUCCACGCUGGCCACAUUGAGUGCCCUAUUAGCGACGGCGGCCGCCGCUGCUCAGGAGAAUCAAGUUCAAGAGGAUCACUUUUGUGUUUACAUUAAGGGUUCCGACAUUGCAUUCUUCACUACCAUCCUUCGCGCGUUUUCCAGUAGGACGAAAAGGGUCAAGGAUGUUCUGAAGAAUGUAAUUCCGUAACCUCUAAUUACAAGCAAGAUGCUGAACAGGAGGAUCGCGAACCUCAGGGAAGAGAGGGCAAGCACGGAGGCGAGCAACGACGUAGUGCACGAGAAGAUGAUAGAAGCAGUUCAUCAUGGGAAGAAAAGAAGCAGCACCACGACAGGAGUAGUCCUGGUGGAGCACAUCUUCGUAGUAGUUCUUCUACUAACAUGAUCAAGGAGAAACUACAUCAAGGAAUCGCUCCACGAGACGCAGCUUUCGCAGGAAAUCGAGGUUUAGAACGUCAGUCGCUUGACCUGGAGUCUCUCACUUCGGAGAUCAGUCAUAGAGUGUCAACCGAAAUGCUAGAACGCCAUAAACGUGAGACCCAGCGUUGGAAGAUGGCACACUUAGCAAAGCCAAAGAGCAAAUCAAGUGAAAAACUGAUGGCUGGUAAAAAUGAAGUAGCAUCUUCUUCUUCAUCAUCCUCGACAGGAAAUGCAUCCGGUCAACACAAAAGUCAUCGAAGUGGCUCGAUGAGUAAGGCCGGUGGAGCUGAGACGCCUGCGCGUCGUAGUACUGGUAGCCGCACUCCAACUGGAUCGAAAACGCCGCGUGACUUCGGUAGUAAAGGUUCCAAAGAUUCGAACAAGCUGAGUGGUACCACACAGAAUAAUGUAGGUGACAACAGGAUGAAGGAGCAGCCGCAAGCAAGCGCGGAAGAAAAUUCCGGAGUAGUUUUUCGUAAUCAUGAACAAGGUCAACAGAAGAUGAAAAACAAUGCCGCCUCUGAUGCUCCAACUUCUUCUAGCACUACUAGCGGAGCCACGUCUUCUAGUAGACCAGGCAGUGCUACGCGACGCGUGCCACCUCGCAACGGCAACCCUAGUCGUCUAUUGCGGGAGUUCGAUCGACCGCAAGCAGAAGAGAACAUUAAUAACACGCAGGAGCAUGGCGAACAAAGAGGAGCCUCAUCAUCCACUGCACACACAAGCGGUUCUUCUUCUACGACUAAAAUGUUGUCUCCUGCUCAAGUACAAGAUGACGAUAGCCACUUGUAUAUGCGAAUCGAAGAUGCCCUUUUGGCCGGGGCUCGACAGCCAGUUUCUCUCGAAAUCCCAAAAGAAACGCAGGCAGUGCGCGAUAGGAUGCGGGCACUUAGAGGAGCAACGACGCAACACUGCGAAGAUGAGGUGUCAAAAUUAUGGCAAGAAUGUUCUUGUCGCAAUCGUGUCAAUUUUCAUGUUGAUCAAUACUAAGUAGCAUGUAUUCGUAUUUUUUAUCCAGUGUAGUAUGUAGUACCAGUAGCGUCGGUCAAUACUAGGUAGCAUGUAUUCGUAUUUUUUACUUUUAGGCAGUGUAGUAGUACCAGUUGUAGCGUCGAAAACUACCAGGUAAGCAUCAAUUAGCAUGCAUGUCGAUGAAAGGGAUCGAUGUCUUCUAACUCUAGUUCUGCGACAAAUCCGCAGUGCACUCGACACAACUGGCGAAAGCGUCUUUUGCGAUCCAGACUUCGACUGCAAUGACCCAAAAAACCUUGGCUUGCCGGAGCUUGCGGUACCGAGUAGUACAGCUGGCGGAGAAACUAAAAUUCGUUGGCGUCGCCUGAAACUGCCAGGGAGUAAACUGCAACCAGGCUUGUCGUCCUCUAGUACUAGUACAACUACUCCAGGUAAUAUAGAAGAUCAGAACAAUACAGCUGGCGUCGCCGGUUCCAUGACGUAUUGGCGGGAAGCCUGCUGUGGCACGAACCAAGGAGCACAGCUACUUCGAACCAGUAGUGUACUCGGUGAUUCCUGGCUCACGGGUGCAGCAGGACUCGUAAAGCAGUGUCUUCCAGAGCGCUUCCUGCGUGCUGUUCUUCAACCAUCAUUGUGUGACGCAAAACGAGGCAUUUUCACCUUUCGGUUUUUCAAAAGUGGGCAACAAAGGUUCGUCAUGGUUGAUGGCUAUGCUCCGUUCUUUCGCACUUCUGGGGGAAGUUGGCUUUGGCAGCCGUGGGGAGCGGAUGCAGUGGCGGUAGAUGGGGAUAAACGUAUUUCUAGGUUCGAUUGAUUUAAGUAGACUUGUUGAAGCACUUCUCAACAGCAUUCUUUGUCCAUCAUCGAUCCUGAACUAUGACUCAGUCGUAAGUACUUUUAGAUACCGAGAGACAACAUGGAUGCACAUGAUUUCGAAGAAGAAGGUAUUUACCUCAAACGGUCAUCAUAUCACCAAAAAACGCAAAUAUUAAAUACAGACACCGAAGAUUCUGCUUGGUGGAUGUAUCUCCUCGAGAAGGCCUACGCAAAAGUUUUCGGCUCCUAUGCGCGCUUAAUGUCUGGCUUCCCAGAUGAAGCCAUUGUGGAUUUCCUUGGCUGUCCUGUUGAGAAAUUCACUCUCGCGAAAAAAGCCUCAAUCGACGGUUUUUGGAACGAGAUCCGCUUAGCAUGGAACAAGCACAAAGCUGGAGCACCCUCCUCGGGGUCUUCAGCUUCAAGUUCCUCAUCAUCAAGCAGAAGUCUCCCUUCAAGCAGCGCCUCAUCUGGACCAGCGCUUCUUGGAUGCAUCAAAAGCGAGAGCACAGCUUCGCAGAGUUCAUCCAGGGCUCAAUCGGACCCAAUGACACGGUUUGUCCAUAUAGAAGGGGAAAAGCUAGGGCUUGCUCCAGGACUGCUGAACACUGGUUUUCUUAGGAAUCAGAUGUACGCUGUUGUCGAUCUUGUGCAACAGCCAGCUCUGAACCCAGACGGCACCAGUGCGCCAAGCAAUGUAAAGCCACCACGUUGGGUGCGUGUGCGACCUCUGAUGGAUAUUUCCACAUCAUCUAGUAGUAGUUGUACACAUCCAGGACGACCAGGUCAUCAAAUAUUCACUACGAUGUCACCCUUACUCCGGGCUCGUUGUGGAGCCUCUUCUUCGUCUUGUCUUCUGAGUGCCUCUGGGACAAGUGGAGGUGGUGCUGGAAGAGGAGGAAGACAGUCCCCGUUAGAGGAUGUGAUGCUUCGCUUUGAAGACUGGAUGUUGAUUUUUACGAACGCUUUUCUCCUCCUAGCUGGAUCCCCGCUUCAAAUCACCUCUACCGGCGCAUGGACUCAGGAGAACUGUGGUGGGACACCAAUACCUAUCAAGAAACCGGUCUACGGUACACCAGAGAGCUGGGCGAAAAAUCCUCAGUUCCAAAUUACAAUGCCUUGGUCAUCGAAUGUUGGUGGAGAUGGUUCUCAUGCUUCAUUCACUGGCGCUACUGUAGAACUAAUGGUCCUCCUCCAACAAGAAGAUCCAAGGUUCGAAUCUGGCACGCGGUUUCCUUUUUCGAGUGAUUUGGAGGAGAUUUUCCUCUGCGUGUUGCGGAAAGAUGGUAUUAUUAUACCCCGGGCAUAUAUAGCUACUUAAGUACUUUGUUGAGCAAAUUAUCUUCACAACUCCUGCGAGGUACUUGACCGAGUUAAUGAUUGGUGACAGUCUGAUUUAAGUAAUCAGUUACUUGCUUAUUUCAGUUUUUCGAAAGCGUUUUUAGGAACUACAUUUACAUACCUUCAACUCCAGUCUUCUCAAGCUCCUCAACUACAGAUUCUACGCCUUCAAAACCACACAAGGUUCCCUAAACCGCCUUCCAGUUUUCGAUAAGACUGCAGUGGUGCGGGAAGGGGGGAUGUCGUUGAUAGUGCAUCGUAGAGACGUCCUACUCAAAGUACAAUUGAAACCAGGCGAAACUUACGUGCUAGUACCAUCUACGUGGCGGACGGAGCAGGCGAAGAAAUUUCACUUGACGCUCUUCGCUGAGGAUGCGAUAGCUGUAAGGGAGCUUUGAUAGGGGAAGAUCGAUAAGGGGUGAAUCUGAAGAUCUAUACUAUGCAAUCAAACUACUUCUAGCGUGAGAGUAACACGACUCACUGCUCAUUUUUCUCAUUUCUGCAUCUGCAGCUAAGUACAUUUUCUAGCUUACAUUACAUCAGAUAGCAACGACCACGCUUGAACUUCCAACAGAUUCCUUUUCAAAAGAUAUUCGAAAUUGGAGAAAACAAUGAAUAAGAA